GUAAAUAUGGAACUAGGGGCUCAAAAACUUCAGAUUAUCAUCCUUGGUGAUGGAGCUGUUGGCAAAACUUCUAUUUUGAAAAUGUAUGCUGAGGGAAAGUAUACAUCUUCUCAUAUCACAACUAUCGGACUUGAUUACAUUGCCACAAAAUAUGAAUCCCCAGAAGGAAAGUCUAUUGAUGUAAAAAUUUGGGACACCGCUGGUCAAGAAAGGUUCAAGACUAUCACAUACUCCUUCUAUAAGAGAGCACAGGGAGUACUCAUUGCCUUUGACGUCACGAAUAGAGAAUCCUUUGAAAAUGUAAAAAACUGGAUCGAUAGUAUUGAAAAUUAUGCUAAGAAAGACAUACAAAAAGUUUUGAUCGGCAAUAAAAUUGAUCUGACAGAGAAAAGAAAAAUUUCUAAUCAUGAAGCUCAAAAUCUUGCAGACGAGCAUGAUAUUCCCUAUUUCGAAACUUCAGCAAAACUGGACAAAAAUGUUUCUGAAGUAAUGCAAUUUAUUAUGGGGAAGGUUUAUGAUACCUCACAAAAAGCACGUUCCGAUCCACAGAAAGAGGAAGAAAUCAGGGGGAGCCAACUUAUGCCAACUGCACCACCCAGGAAAGAAAAGUCUGAUGAUUGAAAAUGCUAAUUAUACUCUGAA